AUGUCGUCAUAUAUUCGUGAUGUUUAUGAAAUCUUGGAAUCUAUCCUGGAUAUUAAUUCAUCUAUGGAAACAUCGCCACCAUUGGCAAAUCUCAUGUUCCUUGGUGCCUGUUACAUGAUCGCUUUUCCUGAAAUGCGUUGGGCCCUAAGAAGGAGAUUUUUAAAGAAGACAGCCAAUUUAUUAUGUUUCGUUGGAUGUGUGUGUGCUACAUCUUUUCUGGUAAUGGUAACAGCAGCAACUCAAGCCAGAGGUAUUUAUUGUAGAUAUUUGAAACCACUUCUGAAAGGAGUUUCCAACGAAAAACAGCAGGUUCUUGGAGUUAUGUUAGUAUCAUUCUUUGUGGUAUUUGACGUCUUCCUUUCAAGAUCUGUUAAAAAGUCGGCCAAAGAUAUGAUGACAACCUUUAAGAAUUUGAAAUCUUCAACUCAACAGACUACGGAUGCGUUGGAUGGAGUUGGUGGUUCCAAUACUGCUAGUACCAAAAUGAUGAAACGGGUCUUAAGAAGCAGAAAUUAUUUACCACCAUUCGAUUGGCAGAAAAUGACUAGGAAUGGUACCGUUUAUGGAGAUUAUGGUGGUAGGGUCUGAAUUGUUCCUUUGAAACUAUAAAGUGUACUGAACUUAAUUACCCUAAUACAAUAAAAUCACGAACGAAUGUUACAC